AUGGUCAUUACUACAACAAAAUUUCGGGUUUCUGAAAACAAAACUCCUGUUGUCUUUCCUAGGGGUGAAGAGGUGAAGAAACUGGAUGUACUAUCAAAUGAGCUUGUGAUCAACAUGUUGAAGUCCAGUUACACAACAUGUGCGCUUCUAUCGGAGGAAAACGAGGAGCUCAUUGAGAUCGCUUUGCAGAAGAGUGAAGGUGACGUUACAUUGGAUGAUGUACUGAGACCAGGCAGAGAGAUGGUGGCUGCUGGGUAUGCGCUAUAUGGAUCAGCGACAAUGGUUGUUCUGACCACUGGUAACGGUGUUAACGGAUUCACUCUCGAUCCGGCUAUUGGCGAAUUUAUUCUCACUCAUCCUAAUAUGAAGUGCAAAUCAAAAGGUUCCAUAUAUUCGAUCAAUGAAGGAUACGCAUCAACUUGGAGCAAAGGAAUAGCGGAGUAUAUUCGCACACGAAAAGAAGACCAGCCAGGAAGGAAGGCUAUGGGUCAAAGAUACGUCGGAUCAAUGGUGGCUGAUGUUCAUCGAACACUAUUGAAUGGCGGCAUCUUUCUAUAUCCCGCGACUGCAAGCUCACCGAAUGGCAAACUACGGCUUCUUUACGAAUGUAAUCCGAUGGCGAUGAUCCUGGAACAAGCCGGUGGCUUAGCGACUACAGGAAAAAUGCGCAUACUGGACGUUGUUCCAAAAAAGAUUCACGAACGUUCGCCGAUUAUUCUUGGUUCGAAGGAUGACGUCAAUGAAGCCAUAGAAUUUAUUAAAAAAUUUGAUUCUUAG